AUGCACAAACCAUCCAUCGCACAGAUUGUCUACAAUACUACGUUCCCCCGGCCCAAAACCGCCGAUCCAACGUCAUUCUCAGUGCAUAUCACUCGGAAUCUAGUUCCAGAAGUGAGAAUUGAAACAGCGGCCUUCUACGGAUCACUCGAUUCGAUCGAAGCACAGUACCCCGGCCUCGACUAUUCAUAUGGUCCUCAUCGCAUGCGACUGAGCCGUUUCCCAUGGCACCGCAAGUUGUUCAAGGUCUUUGACGAGCUAGGUUUGACCAAGCAGGAAAUCUUGGCGCUCUGCCGCUGGGAAGGAACAUUAUCAGCUCGAGAGAGAUAUGAAAAAGAAGAAGGCAUCAAAGUCCGCGACACAACUGCGGAUAGCGUUCGUCCCGCCACUCCGUCACAAGGGCCUUCCGCUCGAUUUCAUACAAAUGAAACUGAGCCAUCAACUCCCGAAGAUGGCCCGGUGACACCAGAGGAGUUUGUUCAGGAUCUACUACCGAUGGCGACAACACAGCAUAAGCACGUAGACGAGGAGGAUUUCAGCGACGAAGAAAUGGAGAGUUACGGCGUCCGACUCAAUCAACGUCUCAUCUACGCUACGGCUGCUCGUGAACGCGGCCAUAAUAUUCCUCUGGAUGAGGAAUGGGAGCAAUGGCUCAAGGAAGCGCGUGAACGAGGCAGCUACGAUAUGGUGGAUGUAGUGCGGACUGGCCAACCGGUAGAGACGAGAACAAAUGGCUCUGUUUCUACAAUGCCGGCACCAAGCGCAGCCCUGAUGAGUCAACUGGCAAUAGCGGCGCAACAACCGGUGACGGUAUCUGUUCCAACUUUACGUACGGAAUCAGGAUUUCGUCGACCGUCCACGAAUCCGUCGGGGGUCGCUCGAUGA